UCUUCCAGUCAGUGGCAGUUAAAGUAACUGCUGCCACUGCUGCCUCCCCUGCCUCCUGCCUGCCCAACCCACGCCUGCCUCUGAGUUGACCCUGACCUGACCCAAACUAACUAACUAGAGUCAAUUGAGUUUGUUUGUUUAUUGAGUACGACACGACGGCCGUAAAGAAAGAAGUAACAAGAACGACUUACACUGAGAUUUUCAUUCUACACACCACACAAAUAAAUACAAAUACAGAAACGAAACACGACUGGACUCGGACUGACCCAAUUUCAUGAAUCAGGAUUACAACAAGACUUUCUAAUAGAUGAUCUACAACAUCGAGACACUCAGUUUAUGAACUGUAUACAACCUACUGAAAUGUUAGCCAUGACUUUGAGAAAUUGCAAUACACUAUCUCAGACCUGAUGAAAAGGAACUUCAAUUUGGCGCAGAGAAGCUAAUUUAGACCAUCUCAAAUAUAAUAGAUACCUAAAAAGGCUAAAAUGGCAAUACACUUUCUCAGACGUGAUGUAAAGGAACUUCAAUUCGGCGCAGAGAAGCUAAUUUAGAACAUCUCAAAUAUAAUUGGUUACUUAUGAAACCGCUAAAAAGGCUAAAAUGGCAAUAAACUUUCUCAGAUGUUUGAAAAGGAACUUCAAUUCGGCGCAGAGAAGCUAAUUUAGACCAUCUCAAAUAUAAUAGGUUACUUAAAAAACAGCUAAAAAGGCUAAAAUUGCAAUACACUAUCUCAAACCUGAUGAAAAGGAACUUCAAUUUGGCGCAGAGAAGCUAAUUUAGACCAUCUCAAAUAUAAUAGAUACCUAAAAAGGCUAAAAUGGCAAUACACUUUCUCAGACGUGAUGUAAAGGAACUUCAAUUCGGCGCAGAGAAGCUAAUUUAGAACAUCUCAAAUAUAAUUGGUUACUUAUGAAACCGCUAAAAAGGCUAAAAUGGCAAUACACUUUCUCAGACGUGAUGUAAAGGAACUUCAAUUCGGCGCAGAGAAGCUAAUUUAGAACAUCUCAAAUAUAAUAGGUUACUUAAGAAACCGCUAAAAAGGCUAAAAUGGCAAUACACUUUCUCAGACGUGAUGUAAAGGAACUUCAAUUCGGCGCAGAGAAGCUAAUUUAGAACAUCUCAAAUAUAAUAGGUUACUUAUGAAACCGCUAAAAAGGCUAAAAUGGCAAUAAACUUUCUCAGAUGUUUGAAAAGGAACUUCAAUUCGGCGCAGAGAAGCUAAUUUAGACCAUCUCAAAUAUAAUAGGUUACUUAAAAAACAGCUAAAAAGGCUAAGGCUACAUGCAGAAGAUAUUAGUUUUAGAAUGUUAUCGAACCAAGAGGAAAAUUGUUUCAUUUGCAACUGUGUUGUUGUGGGCAAAAGUAUAAAUUUAAGUGAAGAGACUACUGUAUACAGUAAUACAUCUUUUCCAUCAAUGCUUACACACUAUCUUGGAGAUGCAUUCAUGGUGGUUGUCUUAGAAGAUGAUAAAAUCUGCCUUCGCUGCACUAAACUUAUCAACCAAACAGACAAACUUGAACAAGAUUUAUUGAAAGUACAGAGCAUCGUAAGAAGGUUUCUAAAUGAGAAAUAUGACCUUAAUGAAGAGUUAGAUCAUUUCUCCCAUGGUAAAGAUACCCAAGAAUCAUAUGCUAACAUCUACAAUGAAGAUAGUUUAAUAAACCCUCCUAAAAUUAAUAUCAAGUAUGCUCACAACAAAAUUUACAAACCUGAACAUAUUAAUCAAAAUGAAUCAUUGAAUUUGUAUGAUACCUCUGAAGUUAAAAUAAAGACUGAAACGUUAUCAAACUGUGAACAGUGUCCAACCAGCAGUGAUACCCAAAAUGUGGGAAGUUGUGAAAAAAAUAUUUAUAACCUUCCACAGGUAUUACCCAAAUUUAUCAAUAAUUUAGACAGUAAACAUGAAGUUGUGGCAUCUAGUCAAAAUGUAUUUGAUAUGAAGGAUCAGGAAUUUCAACACUCCAGUUUUAAAGAAGUAAAGACAGAAAAUCUCUCAACAGAGCAAAGGGAAAACAGUAUUCAAACAUCGUUUUCUUCUCAUAUAACACCCACGGCUUCUUUCGAGGGAACAAAACUUCAAAUUCGCUCUAAUUGUCAAAUAGUUGAAAAUAAACCAGUAAUUGACUCCUCUCUUAAUUCUUCUGUUUUUGUUGAGGGUUUGAUAGAUUCCUUCAGGAACAACGAUGUAUGUAAUAUUGAGACUUUAACCAAUGCUUCUGAAAAAAUAUCUCAAGCUGAUUUGCCAAGUAUUACAGUAGAAAAGAGACUGCUAGGAAGAAACAAAGUUAAAACUUUACCUCUCAAAAGAAAAAAUCAUGAACUUAAGCAAGAAAAAAGCAAAAUUAAUAAAUUGCGACCGAUUUUACCCAAACUCUCUGUCAUAAAUGAUAUCAAACCUUCCUUCUACAUAAUUCAACAGCCAGAUAUAACAGUUAGUAAUAAAAUAUUUCAUGAACUUCCAAACUUUACAGCUAUUAAACCUGAGAAUUCUGAUCUCACAAGCUUUUCUCAAGUUCAGUUGUCAAACAAUGAAGAACAACUAGGUUUUGAUCAAAAUUAUUGUGUAGCAAACGAAAAGUACAAUGAAUUUGAAAUCCUCUCUUCAGAUAAUAUCCCUUUUGAUUGGGACACAGAUUUAAUCACCUUUAAAACAUCAAAACCCAAGAAAGAGCACUCGGAAGUAACACAUCAUUGUCGUUUCUGUCCGAAAUCGUUUAAAAGAAAUAAAACUCUGAAAGAUCAUGAAGCCGUUCACACAGAAUAUUAUGGCCACUACAAAAUUUGUGGCCAAGGGUUUUCAACGCAGCCAAAAUUAGAACAGCAUAAGAAAAUGCAUAAAAAAGAGGCAUUUGUUUGUGAAAUCUGUGGUAAAAAAUACCACUCAAGAGGUACAUUCUGGAUACAUAGAAAGUGGCAUGAAAAUCCAUUUCCAUACAAGUGUGACGACUGUGGUAAACCUUUCAAGCACUCGUCUAAUUUGUCAGUUCAUCGCAGAAAACAUAGGGGAGAUAGACCUUACAAAUGUACUUAUUGUCCCCGCACAUUUGAUGUUCCUCAAACUCUCAAACGCCACAUUAUUCUUCACACCAAACAGUAUCCCUAUAAAUGUGCUGGUUGUAACCUCGGGUUUGCGUCCCGAGACAAGUACACUCAGCAUUUGGCAAAAAAACAUGAAAUACACUUAGAAAAAACCGUUAUUGAUCCUAAAGACUAUAAAGUAGCUGUAUAUAAUACUGAGAAAGAAAAUACUGGUAAUGUAGCGGAGUCUGAGAAAACUAUUGAUUGUGGUGAUCAUGCAAUCCAAGUGGACAGUUCCAAUUCCAUUACACUCCUAGAUCCUAUUGACUGUCAAAUGGAGGUAUCUACAUCAGAGCUGAGUAAUGAUAUAUUUUCCACUAGUUGGUUCACAUGAGGGGAUUGCAUUGUUAAUGUUUACAUGAAAUGAUAAUUAUAAAUAUUUGUUUAGGUCUCAUAGAGAGAAAGGAAGCUUGUCAUAGCUAAAAAAGGUGUAUCAUGUGUUAAUGCCCGAGAUACUUACUCCUGUUUAUAAUUGACAAAGCUCCAAAUUAUUCAUUGGUACCGGUAGCAAAUUAAUGUAGAGGCUAUAUUAAAAUGUAGGUAUUAAGUUACAUAUGAAAUCCAAGAUAGAAAAAUGAUUGAUGUAUGGCUAAAACAUUCAGAAGUUAAAAAUGUUUUGAAACUAUUUACACAGUUUUGUAUUUGAAUUUACUUUUUUAGGAAUCCAGAGACUUGAUUUGUUCAUUAAAGAAAUGUUCAGUAUGAUACAAAAAAAAUUUAGUUGUAUUCAUAAGAAAGUAAUUUUAUAUCAAUUGUGUUAUACCAUUGAGUAUACACGUAUAAGAGGGGUCAGAUAAUGCUUGUUACCAAUUUUGCUUAAGUAGUUUGGGCCCCUGACGCUUGGGCCGCGGUAGGCGGUCGGUAAUGCAUUGUGCCUAUGGGAACAUUUCAAUCAUUUAGUAUUAAAAACAUAUUAUAAAACAACAAAACUUCGAUCUAACAAACAAAUUUCACCAACAAAAACGACAUUUUACAACCUUACAAACGCAAUAUUAAACAAACGAAGUAGCGUAGUUCGGGCUGCUGACACUAAUCUACACUGCUGUUCAGGUAACGGUAGCCCAGAUUGAGUGACUAAUAUAGUACGUGUAUACUCAAUGAUUAUACUGACUCAACCACCCACCACAUUGUGACAUAAUGAUAGUGUUUACUAUUCUGUUUUUCCUUUUAUAUAAGUAAUAUUGUAUUAAGUAUGUUUUAUAGUAUUUUUUUU